GGUUGCUACGUCAUGGGCAGACAAACCUUCUCCAUAGCAAUCAAUUAACGUCGAACAUAGUGUCUUUACCUAAUGCAACCGAAGUCUUUAGAGGCUUCUUCGAACCUUCGAAUCCUCGACACGGGGUGAGCUUGAUUUCAGCAAUAGCAACCGCCACGUACGAUUCUCCAAAUUGUGCCACAGUGGUGGCCUCAGAAUCCAGGACCCUCACCCUCUCUUUCUCUGUCUAUGGUUCCGAAUUCCGGCAGACUCCCGAGCCCUUCUAUGAACCAAGGAUGAUGAAGAGGGGUGGUGUUAUGAUUAACUAUGGUUCAUACACAGGACUCUGCAACAUAUUUCCGAGUGAUCUCUUUCAGACACGACUCUGGGUCGUUUCGGAAGAAGAAUCCACCCCAUCAUCAGACCAUGCCAUAUGCCAGCUACGCCACAACAUUCCCAUCCUCGGCAGUAGACCAUGGUUUGCAACGUAUGCUCGCCUAAGAUGCACUCGCCAACAGAGACGAAUUUGUUGUCCGUCAUGCUCUUGCGCAAAAUGGAUGCCGUCCGACCG